AUGCAAAACCGGGAAGCGACCAGCGUUCUUGUCGAUUUCACUGCUGCAUCCGGCGUCGAGCAACGCCUUGAAGUCGGGCAUCACGUCGAACAUGCCGCCGAGCAGAUCGAUAUCGAGGCCCCGGUAAGGCCAGGGCGUUCGCAUGGGCGUCGAGACGCCCAUCGUUUCCAGCAUUUCGGUCCCGGUCAUCGCAUCCUGUCCGCUUGCGGGGUUCCAUCGCCCAGCACGACGCGCCGGCCCUGUUCGCGAAAACCUUCCUUUCUGACGACCUCGCGGGCGGGCCAUGACGACAACGCAUUUCAGUGGCCUGCCGUUUGUCAGAACUGUUCUGGAAACCUGCUUCGCAAAAAGCGCUUGCCGGCUACGGGUUUGAGAGCCAUUGGCACGAGCGUGAGCACAAAACCCUGUUUGCAAGCAGCGCUGCCGGGCGAUGGCGAUACACCGGCAGAUAUUCCGAGCAGGACGCCCCUCGCCAUGGCAGAAAGCGGGCAGAAAUCGCUGUUUGCGAGCACACGCCGCUAUGAUUGCAAGCGCCUACAGAUCGCCGAGGCGGUGCUGCGCGCCGUAGGCGAAAUGGUGAGGCACCGUGGCCUGCUCGCGAUUCCCACCUUAGCUGUUUGCGCCGAUGGGGACGGCCAACUGCACCGGCAGGCAGAAGCAAAGAGUUGCGCCGUUUCAAGUCGCGAAGAAGGGGACCGGUCAGCGCUGCUCGCUGUUCGGUUCAUGGACCGUGAUUACAGCAUUCCAGAGAGCGAAUUUCGGUCGAUGCAGAUCGUCACGAUCAUCCAGCAGCGCCCAUCAACCUUCAGAAGGAAUCCUCCGAACGCGCCUUGA